AUGUAUACAUACAGUUUUGGUGUGUUGCUGCUUGAAAUCGUUUGUUGUCAACAAAACUUGGAAGUGGAAGAAAAUUUAACUGAAUGGGCUUACGAAUGCUACACUGAUGGCAGUGUGGAAUCUCUAGUUGAAGAUGACAUGGAGGCUAUCAGUGACAUGAAAAUGGUGGAGAGCUUUGUGAUGGUUGCCUUUCAGUGCCUGAAUGAAGACCCAUCUUUAAGACCCACCAUGAAGAAAGUUAUGCUGAUGCUUCAAGGAAUAGUUCAAGUUUCAGGCCCCCCACACAAUCCUGCAACUUCAAUUUUGUCUUUUGAAGAAACUAAAACUAUAAAAUAUAAUUAUCAUUACCAUAUUGAUACAAAGAAAUUGAAACCUUAA